AUGGCAACACAGGAAAUUCUGGAACAGUGCUUUCCUGGCUCUGGUAACAAGGGGGUAAACGCUCUCCCUGACAAGCUUAUGCCUCUUGAACUGGAUGUCCGACCAAGGACUCUCCACCAGACAGAUCAGGCUUGGCUAGGUAUCCGACCACGGACUGCAACAGACAGAUCAGGCUUGACUGGAUAUCCGACCACGAACUCUCCAACAGACAGAUCAGGCUUGACUGUAUAUCCAACCAUGGACUCAAACAGAAAGAUCAGGCUUGACUGUACGUCCGACUACGGACUCCCAACAGACAGAUCAGGCUUGACUGUAUAUCCGACCACGGACUCCUACAGACAGUUCAGGCUUGACUGUAUGUCCGACCACGGACUCUCCAACAGAAAGAUCAGGCUUGACUGUAUGUCCGACCACGGACUCUCCAACAGAAAGAUCAGGCUUGACUGUAUGUCCGACCACGGACUCUCCAACAGACAGAUCAGGCUUGAUUGGAUAUCCGACCAUGGACUCCAGCAGACAGAUCAGGCUUGUGCUAGCCUUGAACAAGAAAGAGAUCCUAUGACAGUGUUAGAAACCCCUUACAUUACCAACGUGCACCAAGACGGGCAAUACUGACAUUUAGUGUGCCCAUAUGCAACAAACGUGUCAGCCAAAAUUUUGUAGAAUUGUUUCCGCAGAUCGGCAUCAGGCUUUCCAAGUGUGGUGUUAUCCAGUGGUGAAUCCCUCUCGGCAAGACAUUCGCCACGAUCGGAGAAAGGCUAUGAAUGAAAACAAACGUUUUCCCGACAUACAGAAACGUGUCGGACCAAUGCCAAAUCAACUGAUUCAUUUAUAAACUGGACACACUUUCAUUGUAUAUAAUCUUGUGUGGGCAGGAUAAUGACUGCUAAAGCACUUCCCACAUACUUACCCUUCAGAUUGCGACUACUCCCGAACAGCGUAAAUAAGCUAGUCACCACUGGGUUCGGUUCCUCCAAUAUAAUUGUAUAUAGUGUAUAUAAAACCGGGGCAACCUAUCUUCCACGGAAGACAAAGGCCCUCGACAGCAAGUGUGGGUUUGAAGAAUGACGGUCUUGGAUGCCCGAUCUUGAAAGACCGGCAUUCGACUGCUUGUAUAUAAUGCUUGAUACAAACAGAAUGUGUAAAUUGGUCCUGAAGUAUGCUAUAAUGUGACUAUUUAUUAUUUAAGAUUGAAAGGUUGGGCCCAAGUAGGUGCCAGGCAAACAAUAUAUUGCGGUAGGCGGACAUCGCUGUGAUGAUCUGCGCUCCGUGAAACCGUCAGUUCCAAGCUUGAGGUGAAAUCUCUAAUUUCUCCUGCUGUUUCUGUUGUCAAGGAUUUGUCUUGGCUUGCCACGAUUAUGUUUUUCCGAAAAUUUUGUAAAUAUUCCAAUUUGUGUUUUUGAAAUCCCCAAAUCAGAUUUGUUCCUUGCCUUUUUUUUAGAAUAAAUCUUAAAAUUCACCUUGACAUUUAAUUUCUGUAAAUGUAAAGAAUGUGAUGCGUCGCAGAAGUCUGAGUUAAUACUUUUGUUCCAUUGUACUUCAAGGCAUCGAAACUGAUGUAUUCUUGCACAACCAACAUCAUACUUCAACUGAGCAUAAGCUUUUCAUAGCAUUCACUAAAUGAGAAAAUAAAUCAACAAAUAAUUGCUUCUUGCAAUAUCAGUUGUCUGUCUUAAGUCUCAUGGUAGGAAUCAUCGUUUGUUCAAGCUUGGAGCUGAAGGUUUCCGUGAUGCGGAGGUUAAUGAUGUCUGCCUACUACUUGUACAUAGUCUCCCAAUGUCGUAGCUAGGAACGUAGCCUCAUACACAGCCACUCUGCAGCAGGUCAAGGUCAUGCAACAUCGUUGACAGACAAACAUGACCAUCAGCACGCAUAUCUGCAUAAACAUUGUCGCGUUACGCCAAGACCAGGGGCGGACGCCAUCACAAGCUUGGACAGGAUGCAUACAUCCAUACAUGUUACUCCAUCCAUUUUUUUAACUGUUAACUGGAUACUUUCUUUAUAUUUGUGAAGAUGAAAAUUAAAUCAUGUUCAAGGGAAAUGAAAAAGCAAAUUUCAAAAUUAAGACCAUCCCUUAUGCUGAUCAAGAAGCACCACCUAAGAGAGGUAACUCUCCAUGUAGAGUUGUUUCCCCUUGUUGGCUGCCCUUUCUGUUAAUGGGCAUGUCAAUUUAAUAAUGGCUCUAUAUACCGGUACCUUGCUCUGUCAAUAGUCACUGAUGGUUCAGUGAAAAAGUGCUUGAAAGAGUUUUUUAACUUGUUGAAGAAGUGUGCUUUAAAUUAAUUACAGGGUGUGUUAACCCUCAAGGUCAGACCUUUGCAUCAAGAAGAAACAGCAUCAACUGAGUAUCAGGAUGGCGGUAGCCAUAACAUUAUCAUAACUUAAGUAGAACUUCAAGAUGAUUUCAAGAGUCCUAAAAAUGCAUUGCUAUCAAGAUGACCCAUGUCUGUACUCGGUCCGAGACUUGUAUGGAUUGUACCACACCCGGCACAUGUCAUGUGACCUAGUUGCUGCUACUUGUAGCUUGACCUUCGCCCCCAAUCUGUCCUUGACCUGUGACCCCAAUCUGUCCUUGACCUAUGACCCCAAUCUGUCCUUUCUCACACCAAUUGGGUGGGCGACUUUAAAAUUUGAUGACAGAAUUUUUUCUCUGAAAUGGGGCUUGGCUAGGGUGACCAAUUCCGUUGUAUCAAGAGGACUAUCCUAAGGCAUAUAUUCUGAUGAAAUAGAAGCAUGACCAUUUGUGAUAAGUUUUUCUCGCAUGCCUUGGUGGUUAGGUCUGCCAGAUAAUGAACAUGCUCUCUUACAUUUGGACAAAUAUAACUUGUUUUAUGUUCAUUUUUAACAAAAACAUACAAUAAAGCGUUCAAGAAUUAUUUAA